CUUCUGCUGCCCCAAACAUUCAAUCAUUUGAUGAGCUGUAUUGCUGCUGCUCCUCUAGCAGCACCACCGUCUAUGGCGACGACGAUGAUGACGUCAUCAGCGUCGCCUCCAGAAUCUGGAGAACUUGACGUGGCAUCUGCGGUUGCUUCAGCCGCAGCCGCACUCAUAAGUCCGAUGGUUAUGCCAACGUCGAUGACAAAUGGGAAAGAUAUGACGAAAACUUCUCAGAUUCUUAAUGAAUAUUUCAAUAUGAUGGUGGGAAAGCGCGUCCAAUUGAUGGGCGACACAACGUCUCCAUUCAGUCUCGAUACUCCAAACCCAAAAUUAAUGUUCACUCCACUUGAUCUACCAACAACCGCUGAACUAAUGCAACGAUGUCUAGCAGUAAAUCCAUUCGAAGCAAAGUUCCGAGAAGCGAAUCAAAAGAUCAGUUCUGGAAGUAUGCAACCAAAUACAUCAGGUGCAAAUCAAUCUCUUGAAGCUUUGGAAGCCAAUGGAGGUUCACAAUUUUCGGGAAGUAAUGCCGGAACAAUGUCGGAUCUUUUAUUGAAAAUACCACAAGCAUCACUUCAACAUUCGCCUGGAAUAUUUUCAAAUAUGCUUCUAAAUGCUGGAGAUUCGGAGGGAACGACUCGAGAAAAUCUGAAAACCGCGGACAUUUCCAAAUUGUUAUCUGUGGCCGGUGACUUCUCGGCUCAAGCUCCACGAACUGCCGACGUUUUAAACGCGGUACUCGACAUGCACUCUGAUAGACUUCAUACAAUCAACUAUUUGAAUAAUAAGCCUGAUUUCUCGGCACUCCUUCGUUCUCCAUCUUCUUCCGCACCCAAUUCAGCAUCUGUUCUUACGAAUGCGAUGGCUAUUCCAUCUACAAGUGGAGCACCUUUUCCUGGAACAACACUGCUUGUUCCUCCAAAAACUGUGAGCUCCUAUCACUCACCACUUGGAGCAUCAUCACAACCUCCAUCCACACAAAAAUCACCAGCUGAUGGAAGUUGGGAUCAUAUAAACGGAGAAAAGCAGAUCAAAAAGGAAAUUCCAUAUUUUAAUGAUGAUGCAAUGAUGUUGAUGGAAAGGAGCAAUAUGUCAUCUUCGGGAUCUGAUCAAGAUCAGUCUGCAGAUAUGUCAAAUGCUGGAUCAACUGCUUCAACGAGUACUGGAAAUCCAGUUGGACGUCCACAAAACGGUACACCUGGCCGUGGACGUGGUCGAGGAAGAAGCACAACAGCCGACAUGCAACCCGACGAGAGGAGGAAUACAAUUCUCGAGAGAAAUAAGGCUGCGGCUGUGAGAUAUCGUAAGAGGAAGAAGGAAGAACAUGAUGAUAUGAUGGGAAGAGUUCAAGCAAUGGAGGCUGAAAAGAAUCAAUUACUGGCUAUUCAGACACAAAAUCAAGUGCUGCGACGGGAACUCGAAAGGGUAACUGCGUUGCUUACUGAAAGAGAGUCACGAUGCGUUUGUCUGAAAGGAGUUCCAAUGAGUGAUGAGCAGCACGCUGAUCAUCAUCAUCGAAACACGAAUGGAAUGUACUCUGGAUCAGAUAUGCUCAAUGGACUUGGACAAAUCAACGGAAUGCAACUGAAAUUACCCAAACUCCAAUGAUUCUUCCGAUUCCUGCGCGUCUCACAAUUUCACUUCCCCCAAUUUUCUCUCUCUCUCUCUCGUCCCGUUUGAAUCUCAUGAAUUUAUGUGUAUUUUUCGUUUCUUUUUUCAUUAUCAACCUAUAUGUCCAAGCUUUUACUGAACCUAAUUAUGCUGUACAAUUUUUUUUUCGAAUCUGUCAACCGCACACAUCCCAUAAACCCUCUAGAAAGUUAAACUUGUACAGAUGUGCACCCCUGUUAAGAUUUACCAAUUCCUACUUUUCCCCCAAACACAAAAAUCUCAAAUCUCUUCUAUUUCCUCUCAUUUUUUCCCUUCCUCAUCUUCUUCUAGUGUUGUGAGAAAAUAAAACAAAAUCCAGGUUUUUGGCGAUAAUUGAUUAAAUUUAUAUUCAAAAGCUAAUAACUCUAUUAUUUAUUUGGUUCCUUUUGCACACCUCCCCACGACCUAGUCCCAAUUUUUACAAGUCUAGUUCUUUGUACAAAUAUCAAAACAUCGCCAGGAUAUAUUUUUAAAAAAUCAAAAAAGAUGUUCUUACCUCUUUCUCUCUCACCACCUGGAGACAAUAUUUAGGUACCGUGUAGAUCAAUCUUCCCCCGGCUCUCAAUUCCCCAAGUUUUCACCUUCUGUUUCUUUCUUUUAAUGUUUAUUUUACUAAAAUGAAAUAUUGCACCU